AUGUCGAUGGAAGCAGUAUAUGGAGUGGGGUUUACGUCUUUGACGACGGCGGAGGAGGAUAAGUAUAAAGCUACCAUCAAAUUUUAUCAAGAGUUGGGGUUCUCUAUAGUAAAGAUAUAUGAUAAGUUCAAGAACCAUGACAAUGGUGUUAUUGCUUCAGGGACGACGCACGGAUCGCGUAAAGAAACUUGGCUAGAGUCGUUCAAGUUGUCUGAGAUGGAUGCGAGGGGAUUUCGUGUGCCCCAGCAGGAGGCGUCGAAUCCAGAACAAUCGGAUGGUAUCUUGUUGAAGAUUAGGUUAGUUAGUGAAAUUAGCACUGUCGGGGGUCAAUCUUUCGAUGUGAGGUACUACAGUGCUGUGUUUGAAGAAGCGGCGGAGAAGUUUCCUGAACGGACGGCUGUGGGGGAUAAUGCAUUCAAGGUGAAGGAUCCUUUGGGAAAUGUGAUUACUAUUACGAAUGUUCCACGCUUGGAGGACGGUUUGCAUGGUCCUGCAAAGGUUUUGGAUGCUGCGCACUUUACUGCUAAGAAAGAUGCAGAAACGGAAGAACAUGAAGAGUUAUCAGCGCUGAGAAAAAGCUUGGGUGUUACAGGCAUUCCUGAUUAUGGUAGUGCCGAUGGGAAGAUGAAGAAGAGGAUUGCAGUGAUGACUUCUGGAGGUGAUUCACCGGGUAUGAAUGCUGCUGUGCGUGCAGUAGUGCGGGCUGGUAUUUAUUAUCGCUGCGAUGUGUUUGCGGUUUACGAAGGAUAUGAGGGGUUGUUAAAGGGUGGGGACCUCUUGAAGAAGAUGCAAUGGUCUGAUGUGAGGGGCUGGUUGAGCGAAGGUGGUACACUGAUCGGUACCGCACGUUGUAUGGGAUUCAAGCAGCGCGAAGGUAGGAAAAAGGCAGCAGCAAACUUGAUUGAACGUGGUAUUGAUGCGUUAGUAGUCUGUGGAGGUGAUGGGUCUCUCACUGGAGCUGAUUUAUUUAGAUCUGAGUGGCCAUCAUUAGUUGAAGAGUUGGUUGCAGAAGGUAGGUUUACCUCCAGGCAAGUAGCUCCUUAUAAGAAUUUAACAAUUGUAGGAUUGGUGGGCUCAAUUGACAACGAUAUGUCUGGUACAGACUCCACAAUCGGUGCUUAUUCUGCUUUGGAACGGAUUUGCGAGAUGGUUGAUUUCAUUGAUGCAACAGCUAAAUCACAUUCUCGUGCGUUUGUUGUUGAAGUUAUGGGGAGACACUGUGGUUGGUUGGCAUUGAUGGCAGGUAUUGCUACUGCUGCUGACUACAUCUUUAUCCCAGAAAGAGCAGCUCCAUACGGGAAAUGGCAAGAUGAUCUCAAAAAGGUCUGUCAAAGACAUAAACUAAAGGGACGUCGUAAUAUUACUGUUAUUUUAGCGGAAGGUGCUUUAGACAACAAUUUGAAUCCAAUAACCGCUGAAGAAGUCAAAAAAUCUUUGGUUGAGUUGGGCUUGGAUACUAGAAUUACCACUUUGGGUCAUGUUCAAAGAGGUGGAACCGCAGUAGCACAUGAUAGAUGGUUGGCCACGUUGCAGGGUGUAGAUGCUGUAAAAGCUGUAUUGGAGAUGACUCCAGACACGCCCUCACCACUGAUUGGUAUUCUGGAGAACAAAAUUAUUAGAAUGCCUUUGAUGGAGUCUGUCAAAUUGACGAAGCAAGUUGCCACUGCUAUCGAGGCUAAAGAUUUUGAGAAGGCUAUUUCUUUGCGUGAUACAGAAUUCAUUGAGCUGUACGAAAACUUCAUCGCUACUACUAUUAGGGAUGAUGGAACUGAAUACGUUCCGGAAGACGAAAGAUUGAAAAUUGCUAUUUUGCAUGUUGGUGCUCCCUCUGCAGCUUUAAAUGCAGCUACCCGCGCUGCAACUUUGUACUGUUUGUCUCAUGGCCAUAAGCCAUUUGCUAUUUUGAAUGGGUUUUCUGGUCUAAUUCAGGAAGGUGAGGUCAAGGAAUUAACUUGGAUCGACGUUGAGAAUUGGCACAACCUUGGUGGUUCCGAGAUCGGCACUAAUCGUUGCGUAGCUGCGGAAGACUUAGGUACUGUGGCGUACCACUUUCAGAAGAAUGAAUUUGAUGGAGUUAUCAUUUUGGGUGGAUUUGAAGGUUUCAAGUCUUUGAAACAGCUUAACGAAGCUAAAGAGCAAUAUCCUAUUUUCAAUAUUCCUAUUGUACUAAUACCUGCCACUGUUUCCAAUAACGUACCAGGUACUGAAUAUUCUUUAGGCACCGACACUUGUUUGAACUCUUUGGUGAAUUACACUGACGCGAUUAAACAAUCAGCGUCUGCCUCCAGAAGGAGAGUUUUCGUUGUGGAAGUCCAAGGUGGUCAUUCUGGAUAUGUUGCAUCUUUUACUGGCUUGGUAACAGGUGCUGUGUCCGUUUAUAUUCCUGAGCAAAAUAUUGACUUGAAGUCUAUUCAGGAAGAUUUGGCUUUAUUAAAGGAAAACUUUCGCCAUGAUCAGGGUGAAAACCGUAAUGGUAAGAUCCUCAUCAGAAAUGAACAGGCAUCAUCUAUAUAUAGUACAGAGAUGAUUGCAGAUAUCAUAUCCGAAUCAUCAAAGGGCAGAUUUGGCGUCAGAACUGCUGUUCCAGGCCACGUUCAACAAGGUGGUGUUCCAUCCUCUAAAGAUAGAGUCGCUGCUUCGCGUUUCGCCGUAAAAUGUGUCAAAUUCAUUGAAAAUUGGAACAAGUGUAAUAUGAAUACUUCAAGGGACAAUAAACUACUAGGUUCAAGACGCUCAAAAAAUCCUACAAACGAUGAAAAUAGCUCUGCAGCAGUCAUCUGCGUUAAUGGCUCAACAGUAUCCUUCAAGCCAAUUGAUAAACUAUGGGAAUACGAAACUAACGUAGAAUUGAGAAAAGGUAGAGAAAUUCACUGGGCUGAGUUCACCAAAAUCGGAGAUAUUUUAUCUGGCAGAAGCAAUCUGAGAAAAGAAAUCACGGCUGCAAAGAAAGCCACUUUGCAAAUUUAA